UUAUAAUUCAAUAUAUAGUUCAAAUUCCCGACCAUUGUAAUUUGUAAAUUAGUAUUAUUUGAUUAAUAAAAAAUCUCCUUCCCCAAUUAAAAAAAAUUAUUUCUUCACCUUUCAUCAUAAAAAUCUAAGCGCGCUCUUUCAAAACCCUAAACCAGAAGUUGUUGUUUUUUGAUCAAUGGCACUUCAGAGCUCCACUUCCAAUGAAGCUCAAGCUUCGAAGAAACUUUCUCAUGUCCAUUUCUUUGUAUGGAAGGAGUUUGUAUGGGGAGCUGUUGCAGGCGCUUUUGGAGAAGGAAUUAUGCAUCCGGUAGAUACCAUCAAAACAAGAAUACAAAGUCAAGCUAUUCUAAAUGGUGUUAAGAACCAGAAAGGCAUAUUGCAGAUGGUGCAGUCUGUCUGGCAGGUUGAUGGAUUAAGAGGCUUUUACAGGGGUGUAAUACCUGGUGUUACUGGGUCUCUUGCAACUGGUGCAACAUAUUUUGGUGUCAUAGAGUCCACUAAAAAGUGGAUUGAGGAUUCGCAUCCUAGCCUUGGGGGCCAUUGGGCACAUUUCAUUGCUGGAGCUGUUGGAGAUACACUUGGUUCUGUUGUGUACGUUCCAUGUGAAGUGAUAAAGCAGCGCAUGCAAGUUCAAGGCACAAUUACAUCUUGGAGUUCUAGUGCAAUGAAGAAUGGCAUUGUAAUAAAACCUGGCGCAGAAAUAUAUGAUUAUUAUAAAGGGUUGUUCCAUGCAGGCUGCUCAAUAUGGAAAACACAGGGCUUAAAGGGUUUAUAUGCAGGAUAUUUGUCUACACUGGCAAGAGAUGUACCAUUCGCUGGCCUUAUGGUUGUGUUCUAUGAAGCUUUGAAAGAUGUUACAGAGUACGGGAAGCAAAGAUGGAUAUCUAGCUCCAAAUGGCAGGUUAAUAAUUCAUUUGAGGGGCUGGUUUUAGGAGGAUUAGCUGGUGGUCUCAGUGCAUAUCUCACCACUCCUUUGGAUGUCGUCAAAACAAGGCUGCAAGUUCAGGGUUCAACUUUAAUGUAUAAUGGUUGGUUGGAUGCAAUGUACAAUAUAUGGGUCAGGGAAGGCAUGAAGGGGAUGUUUAGGGGUAGCAUCCCCAGAAUUGCGUGGUACAUUCCGGCUUCAGCUCUUACAUUCAUGGCUGUGGAAUUUCUCAGAGAACAUUUUAAUGAAAGAGGGCCCAAUGGUGAUUUGAGAGAUGUUGCCAGAUUAUCAAUAGAAAAGAAGAAAUCUCUACAAGAGGCUGCUUAAAAGUGUUCUGGUUUAGUCUCAUUAUUUCCCAUCUAGAUUUUUACAAAGAUGGGAUGCUAUAUCAUAUCAAAAUUCUUAGAUAUGCUUAAUCUACCUUAAAUUCCCAUUGUUUCAAACAUGUUGUGACAAGAAAAUUAUAGUAAAAAUGCAAACAUAAAACUAAUUCAAACUUUAUCUGGUCCAUUUUUGUUUGGUCUGCUAUCUUCCGAACUAGUGAAUAGAGACUUGGAAAACUUAGAAAUUUGGCUUCGAGAACAUCUUAAGGUGAUAAUAAGUAGUAGUAUAUGUACAUAUUUACCGUACACAUUUUUCACAUAACUUUCAUGCGGUGUUCUGUAUUUGUCUAUUUUUUGAAUAA